UAUUAAAAAGUCACUACUUGGUAGUUCUGUACUUUUACCGAAUGCCGAUUAACCAACUUAAAAUCUUGAAAAUUACAUUAACACUUUCCCACUCAAGUUUUUAUAAGUAUUUUUUCAUGUAGGAACUAAAAAUAUAUUUUUAUUUGUGAAUUGCGAAACGCUAUUAUUUUAAUUGAUCUACACUUCUAAAGUAUUACACUUUUUAAGGGAGAUACCUAUUUGUAUUAAAAAUGGCUGCACAGCUUCUCAACCGUAUCGGUCAACUUGGGCUUGGCUUAACAAUAGCAGGCAGUAUUGCUAAUACUGCUUUAUUUAACGUUGAUGGUGGUCAUCGAGCUGUUAUUUUCGACCGUUUCUCUGGAAUUAAAAAUACUGUGGUCGGAGAAGGCACUCAUUUUUUAAUCCCUUGGGUACAGAAACCUAUUAUUUUUGAUGUUAGAUCACGCCCCAGAAACGUUCCUGUCAUAACUGGAAGCAAAGACCUACAAAAUGUAAACAUCACUCUUAGAAUAUUGUUCAGACCAGUACCUGAACAAUUGCCAAAAAUUUACACUAUCCUUGGUGUAGAUUAUGAUGAACGUGUGUUGCCUUCGAUAACAACUGAAGUUUUAAAAGCUGUAGUUGCACAAUUUGAUGCUGGGGAAUUAAUUACACAGAGAGAAAAUGUUUCACGCACGGUUAGUGAAACACUGAUAGAACGUGCUGGACAAUUUGGUGUUGUAUUGGAUGACAUAUCCAUUACGCAUUUAACUUUUGGUAAAGAAUUCACCCAAGCUGUUGAAUUGAAACAAGUAGCUCAACAAGAUGCGGAGAGAGCUAAAUAUUUAGUAGAAAAAGCGGAGCAACAGAAACAAGCAUCUAUCAUAUCGGCUCAAGGUGAUUCUGAAGCUGCAUCAAUGUUGGCAAAAUCUUUUGGCGAUGCUGGUGAAGGUCUUGUUGAACUUAGGAGAAUCGAAGCUGCUGAAGAUAUAGCCUAUCAAUUAUCGAGAUCGAGACAAGUGUCAUACCUACCAUCGGGACAGAACAUUUUACUUAAUGUACCUACCCAAUAAUUUCCAGUUUUCAUUUCACUUUUUAAAUGUUUAGAAUUAACUAUAUAGAAUUUGUCUUUUUCAUAUUGUUCUAUAAUUUAGUUUAUAAAAUACAAAGCUUAGACUUUUUUA